AUGUGUUUUGGCUCUUUUCUGUGUUUGCAGAGGAACCUGUUGGAAGAAGAUUCAGAUGAAGAGGAAGACUUUUUCCUGAGAGGGCCUUCUGGACCAAGAUUUGGACCGAGGAAUGACAAGAUCAGGCAUGUCCAGAAUCAGGUGGAUGAAGUCAUCGAUGUUAUGCAGGAGAAUAUCACGAAGGUGAUUGAAAGAGGCGAGCGGCUGGAUGACCUGCAGGAUAAAUCAGAGAGUUUAUCAGACAAUGCCACAGCUUUUAGCAACAGAGCCAAGCAGCUUCGGAGACAGAUGUGGUGGCGAGGCUGCAAGAUGAAGGCAAUCAUAGCACUGGUGGCAGUCAUUCUUCUGCUUGUGAUCAUCGUACCCAUAGUCCUGAAGUACCAUACCUGACCAGACAUCUGGAGGCUUUGGUGGAGCUGGCUGUGGGAUAACCAAACUGCUGUGUAAUUUA